CGCGCAUGCCCACUGCUUCGGCCUGGCAGAGGAAGGAAGGAAGGCGGCCGGGCGGGCGGGGAAGGAUGCUGAGGCCGGCGCUGCGGCUGCCAAACGGGAGCGAGGGGACCUGCGUCGGGCAGCCGCGGGGAGAGCAGCGCCGCGGUCAUGCCCAGCUCCCCGUCGGCGCCUCCCGGGCCGGACCCGGAGGAGCACUACGACUUCCUCUUCAAGCUGGUGCUGAUCGGCGAUGCCAGCGUGGGCAAGACGUGCCUGGUGCAGCGCUUCAAGACCGGGGCCUUCUCUGAGCGCCAGGGAAACACCAUCGGCGUGGACUUCACCAUGAAGAGCCUGGAGAUCCAGGGCAAGCGGGUCAAGUUACAGAUCUGGGACACGGCUGGUCAAGAAAGGUUUCGGACUAUAACCCAGAGUUACUAUCGAAGCGCCAAUGGAGCUAUUUUAGCCUAUGACAUUAGUAAGAGAGGCUCUUUCCAGUCCAUUCCUCGCUGGAUCGAGGAUGUGAGGAAAUAUGCAGGCUCCAAUAUAGUACAGUUGCUAAUUGGAAACAAGUCUGACCUAAGUGACCUUCGGGAGGUUCAACUAGCAGAGGCUCAGAGUCUGGCUGAACACUAUGAUAUCAUCUGUGCCAUAGAGACUUCUGCAAAGGACUCCAGCAAUGUAGAGGAAGCUUUUGUGAAGAUGGCCACAGAGCUGAUGAUGAGACAUGGAGGCCCUGUGUUCAGUGAGAAAAACACAGACAGCAUCAAACUUGACAGCAAGGAUGUGGUAGAAGGGUGGGGGUGUGGCUGCUGAUCAUACAAUUUCUCUAAUUGUUACUGGAAUUUAGAGGAUACAUUCCUUCUCUCUCCUUCGCUCUGGGUCUCUUCUAUACAUAAACACUUUGCACAAGCUUUGUGUUUUGUAAAUUAAGGGAUUAACAUUUGCAGCAUGUUUUUAAUAUGAAGGAACUUUCUUGUGUAGAUCUGAAACUGUAGCAGUCAUUCCGUAGCAAUUUCUAUUAGAUUUUCUUUUUUAGAGGAAUUAGUGCAAUUUGGCAGUAAGUUGCACAGAAUGAAGCUACUAAAAUAUCUUCAUACAAAAUGGUCUGAGUGCAAAACUGCUAUUCACUGACAUCUAUGUAAGGGACUUAGCAACUUGGAUGACAUUUAAUGCUUUUAUGGCAGCGAGUUUUCAGGCUGCCUGUUUCAACUCUUCACAUUCCAGGAAAAAAAAAGUAUUUAAACUUACACAUAGUGACGUAAAUUUUGUAGGGAUAUUUCAAGUAUGAACUACUCAAUUUUCUGCAUAGGAUAUAGUAGCUGAAUCUCCUAAAUUAUGGAAUUGUGCUUUCCUGGAUACUAAUACUGCUGAUACAAGACGUGCAAAACGAGCAUUUUUCUCUCUUGGUUUUUUUGUUUUUGUUUUUUUUCAAAUAGAGAAAGCAGUAGCAGUUGUAUAUUACAUAGAGCAGGGGUCUCCAAUCUUGGCAACUUUAAGACUUGUGGACUUCAACUCCCAGAAUUCCUCAGCCAGUUUUGCUUUGCUGGCUGAGGAAUUCUGGAAAUUCUGGAAAUUGAAGUCCACAAGUCUUAAAGUUGCCAAGAAUGGAGACCCCUGUUUUGUUUCAUUUCAUAUUCACCUCAGAAGACUUGAUCCUGAACACAUUUCACUGGAUAGUAGUUCCAUGGGUUUCAGUGGAGCUUUCUUGGAAGUAAAAUGCCUUUGAAACUGUACAGGGCUUUAUUUUAAAUAGGCUAAAAAUUAUAAGUUAAGAUAGAUGUAAUAGUUUAUUUUGCACAAUUGAUAUAGAUUCCUCAGUUAAUACUAUAGAUUGGUAAUUCUCGUCUUCAUUAAUUUCAAUAUGGUUAGCAUACUUCAGAGAAGCAGUUUAUUUGAAUACCUUUCCCUUCAAUCCUAACCUCUUCUUUCAUUACUAUUGAGCACAUUAUAAAUUAUUCCAGCUAGAGGAUUUCCCCCCAUUUUUCGGUACUUUCAACAAUUAUUGAGUUGGCUCUUUUUGAACUUUUUCUGGUCAGUGGUAUUAAGUUGUUAAUAAGUAUAUGGUAAAUGUUGAAUUAUGUGUAGGAGAUAAUUGGUAAUUUUCCUAAACUGAUGGCUCAUAGUAUAGAGCUCUAAAAAUCAUCAAACAGUUGCUUUGUUUAUAAGACAAUGGCUCAGGAAUUACCAUGAUAAGGCAUAUUUGCUAAUUUUAUAAGAUACUUCUUUUAUAUCAUAGGGCCUGGGUUUCCUACUGUUUGCUCCUUACCCAUUCCUUCUGCCCCUAAUUUCUUCCAUUAUGCUACAACACAAUCUUCAAAUUAGCUGCACGCUAUUUUUUUCAUGACAAAUCAAUAGCAUAUACUGUAGAAAAAGUCUGCAAACUAUUAGUCAAAAACUGCUGAACUAUUUCUACUUUGUUAAUUUAAGAUAAAUAUCCUUGUUUACGUUGGCCAGUGGUUUAGAAGUACAGAUAUUAAUAACAAUUGCCUUUUUAGAGCACCUUAAACUGGGAAAUGAAGAAUAAUUAUAAUGACUGCAAAUCUUCCAAGCAACUUUUCAGUGUCCAACAUUAUUUCUAAUGGGUCCUAUGCACCUCUCUGAGAAUCAAAGAUUUUGAAUGAAAUUCUUGCAGUUAUAUUAAAACGGGUUUGAUACAAUGGUACUAUUAUGGCCAUGAAUACCUCCCUGAGUACCCAUAGGCUUUCUAACCCAUCUGGUGUUUUUUUUUAAAGAUUUCUUACUUUUAAAAGAUCAAAUGUGAAACUAACAUAAUAUGCUUUCAAACUUGUGAAUAUGCCCAAUGCAUUUGUCUAACCUAUUUUAGGAAAAUGCUUAGCGUUUUAUGAUUGGAAACAAGUUUCAGUUCAGUUACCAGAGAUUAGGAUAACACUAGUUUGAGAGAUUGCUUUUGUAGAAGAUCAAUAUAGAAAGUUAAAACAUUUGAACCUGUUUUAAUUUUUGCAGUAUAAAGUUGUCUGGCUGUGUUAUUUACCUUAAUACUCGAAUUUUGAUUCCAGUGAUUAUCCUGAGGAAUGUUUUUAUUGUAAUUUCAGAAUAGUAGCUUUAAAGUUGAAUGUUUUGUAAGGUGUAGAAGAAAGGGGCCUUAAUUUCAGUUAGAUGUAGUUUUAUAAUUAUGUUUCCAUAGAAAAGAGAUAACGCCUGAGAGAUGCUGCUUCUAAAUUCUAUUUUAUACCAGAUUUCUUCAGGUUUAUUGUAUUCAGCCUUUGAUUCCUAAGCAGUAACUAACAAUGACUACUAACAGAACAUUGGCAUUAAACAGAAAUGGUUGAUUUUGUACUUUGAAUCCAAUACUUAAGAAUUAAUAUUAUAUAAUUUCAGUUUCUUCAGCUGAGUCCAUGAAAAUGAAAGAAAAAAAAAUGAAACUGAAUAGUCUUAGCAUGCAUGAUUGAUUGAACCAAGCACAGAUCCUAAAUUCAUCUCCUUAUAAAGUAGCUUUUAUAUCAGGCAUCUGUACACUUUUCAAGCCAUAGGUAACCCCUUUCCAAAAGGCUGAGGUUUUGGCAAAAUCCUGCACAAGGAAUUUGAUGGGUGCUACGUUUUAAUCAUUUCUGUAUGAUUAAACAGAACAGUUAGAGAAUACUCCCUGCAUCUCUUAUGUAUAUGUAGAAGGACAAGUUUGAUUUUCCAAGAGUUAAAUGAGAGAGUAUACCGAAGUCGGUAAAUAAAACAAAGAUGAAAGAACUAUAUCAGCUCUAUUUCCAGUGAUUAAAACAUCAAAACAAAUUUAAAUCAGUUUCUUUUAAAAUAAAAUGCAGCAUAAAAUUUGACAUCAUUCAUCAUUCUUAAGAAUAUUUAUUUCCCGGAAGGGGGAGGCCUGUGGGGUUUCAGCAUAGCAAGAUCAUCAGAAAGUAUAAAAAAGAAUCCACAAAACUAAUAUAUAUUUUGACAAAAACUGAGCGAUUAACCAAAGAGGGAAAUGCAAACUGACCAAUAUUUGUGAUGAUAUAACCAUAUGUUCAUUUGGUGAAUCCUGCACUUAGUAGUUUAGUAUCAGUCUGACUCCAGGUGGGAAGGAAUUCAGCCUUAGGUAGACAAUUUAAUGGAAAUGAUGGUUUAGAAAUGGCGAGUUCUUUCUUCACUGUGGCAGAAAGGGAGAAAAGCUUUGCUUGCCAAGGGCUGCAAAGAUCUCGGCCUAGCAGUGAUCUAAGGAAUUGAUGCUACUGUAUUUCAGGCCAAUCUGAUAUAACGGUGUGCCAAUAAUGUUUUUUUUUAAAAAGGAUUCUGUGAAUAGACAUCUUUUGAGGGGGUUGUUACAUUAUUUAUAUAAAAAUGUUCAAGUGUUAUGUGAGCAGACGCCUUUCAUACUGGUUUUGUAGGGCUAUAGUUCGGUAUACAUUCCCAAAAGUAAUUGAGAGCACACAGUUGCUUCAGAAUUAACUUGCUGCUUCAUAUUGCUAAUACACAUUUUAGCAUCUAAGAUUCUUUAGUGUUUUAUAAUGUGAUGUAAACUGCUUAUUUAUUUAUUCCCAGAUUGGAAAGCAACAGCUUUGCUCAAAUUGAUUUUUAUGAGCUGUUACGAUGGGGUUGCAUAGUAUUGAUAUGGUUUACCGGUUUCUUUCUCCAUACAUACUGCACUUCAGUAAUUAUUGUACAAAGACUAGCUCUUGCUUCAAUUAUUCAUUGCAAGGACAAGAAAAUUAAAGACCAGAUUUUAGAGAACGUUACAAAUCUCUCUUGUAUUACUUCUGUUGAAUUUCUGGUAAACUUACAAAUUGAAAACAGAAUAGUGCAAGAUUGUCUGGGUCCCUGCAAACUUUUCUGUAUUUUGCAGAUUUUUGGGAGAAAGGUGGCAAUGAUAUUGCUGUUGCAAAUUCCAAUUAAAAAUUAAUCUUCUGGGCCCUUCUUUGUAUGAGGAGUUGAAUAGGAUGCCUUUCCAAGUAGUAAGGCAAUACAUAUGGAUUCAUUACAAUCUUCUCCUGGGAAAGGUAGAAGAAAAAAGACAACCAUCCUUAUGCAAUGACAAAUAAGAACUUAAGUAGUGUACUGUGCAACAGCUUUGUGGGUAUCUUCAGUGGAAAUACUGAAGAAUGAACCUAUCUGAGCUAGUAGUUUGAACCUAAAUUUUAAAAGACGAAAUUGUCAAAAUAUUUAGUGACCCCAUUAUCAGCAGGAAGAAUUCAGUCAACAGCAUUGUUUUUCUUUAGUUUUUUGAAUAGAAUGGAAGUAUAGCAUGGAGAAACCUGUUUGGAAAAGAGUCAUUAUUUCAAAUGGAUUUUUUCAGUAAAAUAUAAAAAUAGCUGUAUUUCAUAAGGAAUGGGAAACAUUUAUUUACUUGCAGCAAAAAUAUGAAUUUAAACUCCAUGCCUGUUUCUUUAAAGACUCAGGGCUCUUCACAGCACCUUUAUGUGCUGUUGAUCACUUUUUGACUGUUCCAGUAAUGCUAAAAUUAUUAGCCUUUAACCAUAAUGUAAAUGAUCUGUAGAAUUAAUUAUGUUUAUAAAAAUUCAUUAUUUUGUCUAAAUCUGUUUUUAAUGUAAUACUAUAAAACAAUAGCAAAUUAAGAGUAACACUGUUACUCUUGUCUGUUCUGAUAUAAAUACUACCUAUUUACAUUCCAAAUACACAGGCACACACAAACACAUAGGGGCGCGCAUGCGCACACACAUAGUCACAUUCCAUGGAUUUAUAUUUAUCUGGCAUUCUCUAGCAUAAAAUAAUAUGGAGGUUUCAGGUACAUAAAAUGAAGCACAUGAAACGUGCCAGAGUCAGUUUGAGAUAUUAAAUGCCUAACUGUUUUACUGAAAACCAUUUUCAGAUUUUUAAACAUUUCAGAUGAACUACUUUUCUUACACAAUUAGCAAAUUUUAUGGUCUAUUUUUUUUUUGCAUAAAAUGCAGGGGCAUAUGCUACAGAAAUACAAUUGUAAUUGAUAGUAUUACAUAUGUAUCAUGCGGUUUAGAACAGACUGUUUUUUGUGACAGUUUGAAAAAUAAAAUACACUAAAUUAUGUCUAAAAUUGAUUCCAGCUUUUCCAAAGUAAUACCGUUGAAGUCUUAUGAUAGAAAUGUGCAGUCACAAUUUAUGGCUUUAAAAUUUGUAAAAAGUUUCUAACAAUCUGAAUACUAGGGAAAUUCUUUAACACAACUGCUGAGAGAAUUGGAAAUUAUAUAGUUUAUACCCAGGUUGGUCCAGAUUUUAAAUGUUAUUUAUAAUUAAUGCUUUCAUUUUCAAUAUUCUAUGAUUGAUUGGCAGAUUACGUGCCCCAUUCAAUUGGUGUUGACUCUUUGUGACCAAAUGGAUAGAUCUUCUCUAGGUCUCCAAUCUGGCCUUUCAGGACUUCCAACUCUGCAACUCUUCCUGAGUCAAUUCAUCUUGCCAUCAUCUGUCUUUUUGUUCCUUUCACCUUUACCAUCAUUAUGGAUUUUCAAGAGAUCUCAGUCUUUUCGUCAUGUAAAUAAACAUGUUUAUUUUGUUUUGGUAUUUGUUGGAUUUCUCAACUUCCAGCUUCGGUAUCUUUACCAAUAUCUUUGUAAAACUACUCUUCAUCUCUUUGAAUGGUUCUCUGAAAUUCUUUGUUAAGUUGUCCCAAAGGUGCUUUUUCAAAAGAUAACUUGGCUUCCUUUGUUUUUCCUUGAAGACGUUUCUUUUCUCAUCCAAAAAGCUGCUUCAGUUCACUGAAUGAGAAGUGAAACAUCUUCAAGGAUAAACAAAGAAAGCCCAGUUGCAAAAACACCUCUGAGACAACCAUGAACCUGGAUGACAGAAUCUCCAUAGACAUCUUUGUUGUGUUCCUGAAAAUUUGGAUUUCUUGGCUUUGGCUUCUCUUCCCUUUUUGGCAAUUUCCAGCGUGCAUUCUGACAGUAGCUUUCCUCCGUUGGUGUUUUGAAGAGCAUGUAAGCAAUAAAUAAAUCAUUGGGUUGACUGAUAAGUCAUUCUUUUGCCUCAUUCAGUUUUCUAGGUCGUAUAGAACAACUACAUUUUCUGCUUUACUAUUUCCAGCUUUGGCAUCUUAGUUUCCAGCCACAACUGAUACAUUUUGCUUGUAUAUUCUAUUGAUUGAACAGUUGGACUUGACUAUAACAUCCAUCCACCCCCC